UGUCCCAGAACCCAUUGUACACAGCGGAGGAAACCCUGUGCCGCGAGCAGCCAUCUUGGAUAGACAGAUCAUACUUGAGCCAGGAUAACCUGCAGACCUCCUCUGAGCAGAUCAAGAACAGACAGCUCAAAAGACUUCAUUCCUGAGCCACAAUGGCCACUGCACCGUACAACUACUCCUACAUUUUCAAAUACAUCAUUAUCGGGGACAUGGGGGUGGGGAAGUCAUGUUUGCUUCACCAGUUCACAGAAAAGAAAUUCAUGGCAGACUGCCCCCAUACGAUUGGUGUGGAGUUUGGUACAAGAAUCAUCGAGGUGAGUGGCCAGAAGAUCAAGCUGCAGAUCUGGGACACGGCAGGACAAGAGCGCUUUAGGGCCGUCACCCGCUCCUACUACCGCGGAGCUGCAGGAGCACUCAUGGUCUACGACAUCACCAGGAGAAGCACGUACAACCACCUCAGCAGCUGGCUGACUGAUGCUAGAAACCUCACCAACCCCAAUACUGUGAUCAUUCUCAUAGGAAACAAGGCAGACCUGGAGGCCCAGAGGGACGUCACGUACGAGGAGGCAAAGCAGUUUGCUGAGGAGAACGGUCUGCUGUUUCUCGAAGCUAGUGCAAAAACAGGUGAAAACGUUGAGGACGCCUUCCUGGAAGCCGCUAAGAAGAUCUACCAGAACAUCCAAGAUGGCAGCCUGGACCUGAACGCCGCCGAGUCAGGGGUCCAGCACAAGCCCUCAGCCCCUCAGGGCGGCCGGCUAACCAGUGAACCACAGCCCCAGAGGGAAGGCUGCGGCUGCUAAUGACCAAGCAAACCCCCUUCGCCCUCUCUUUCUCUCCCCCCCCUCUCUCUCUCUCCCCCUCUCUGUGUCCUGACCGCCCUCCCCAACCACCACCACCCUUUUCCAUCCAUUUCUUCACCUCCGUACGUUCAUCCACCCUCACUGCACCAGGAGCUGCAUGAGAGCAGGGCUGCGGAGGGAAGGAACGGGGGACGGAUAUUGACUUGGGCCUGACUGAGCUGGGCUGUGUGGACUACAUCUCUCCCCUCCUCCUCUCUGCCUGUCUGUCUCCCGCUGUUGCUGUCUCACUCCUCCUCUUUAAACUGUCAAGUGUGUUGUCGUCCCAUAACGCUCCUCUUUUGCUCCCCUCUGCUCCUCUUGCACCAUUCAGUGUAGUCCCCCCCCCCGUCGUAGUAUCGUAGACACCACCACGCAUUACACGGGUUACUGACACUUUAGAUAGAUGUAAUGUUCAUACGAUAAUGAUAAACUGAGACUGUUUUUUAUGUUUGGUUUUAUAGCUAUAUAUGACAUGUAAACACUGCAUUAAGUUUCAUCCACCACUGAUAAUUUCGUUAUGAAUCAAAUCUAAAUUAUAUUCCCAAUCUCCUGGCAGCCUCUCCUGCAUGGUUUACCAAUCCAGCAUUUUAUCGAGACAUGCAGGUGCGAUAUCUCACACGCGGGUCAUUUUUGUGGGAUCGGGCAGUGAAGUAGUGCAUCAUGCAGCCACGCAGGUAGAAGCCCACAAGUGUCGUUCAGAGAAUGUGAGCUUUUUCAGCAGGAUUCAACCCCUGCUUGUGGCUUUUUAAUUCUACUCCUGCUGCUCAGCACAAAGCAAAUCCCUUUGCCAGAUGUGGCAAGACUGAUGUUCUCAGGAGAGAGAGGAAAACAUUUAGAAAACCAGGAAUCACCUACAAAUUCCUUGUGGGUGAUUCCUCAGUCUCUCCUGUGAGAUAUCAUAGGGAGGAAUAUUGGAUGUUUUCCAGUUUGUCUAUGUGUGUUUGUGAGUGUCAGUGUUAAGAAGUUGGAUGGGGGUUUCUUUUGACACUUAAACAAAAACAAACACAAAAAAAAAAAAGAACAUGGCUUUUCUGUUUUUGAUGGAAAGAUUUAUUCACAUCAGUUUCUUUGCACCAGCUCUCUCCCUCCUCACCUGUCCGACCCCAAAACUCUCCCCCAGGUCAUAUCAACAGAUUCUGUCUUUACCAGCAUUGUCUUUGUCAUUGUUUGUUGCCUUAUUAUAAUUAAUAUGUUAUUACUCUUUAAUCUUUAUAGUUUUGCUGCACUUGCUCUUAUCACUGCUGUUGGACUCACCCCGACUCAGUAAAUGAUCUCUUCUUAGAAUAAUUAUUGCAUUUAACUGGAGAAUAACAUAAACACACAAGUGGUGGCUCACAUGGUCAAAAUAUCAGCAGCAUGGUCUGAAGCCCACAUCUCGACUAUUCAGAUGUAAAAACAAACUCAAAACUUCAAGUGUAGCUGCACUGAAGAGCUGAUCUGUUCAUAAGGACAGUUGGUCCUCUUGUAUAAUACAACACCAAGCAGCAUGCCCCCCUCCCCAAAAAAGAUGAAAUUCUAAAAACCCAAUUGGUUUUUUUUUUGUUAUGUUUUUUUGAGUACAAUUUUUCUGUAUCAUAGUGAUUCCCUGAUUGGACAGCUGUAUAUAUUGCUUCUUAACUAUUGGUGAUGACCUCGCUACUCGGGAUUUAGAAAUUUAUUUGCUGGCUCUGCCAAGAUCUGUACAGUUGAUGUGCUAGUGGGUUGCCUGUAAUUCAUGCUUGGGAAAAUUCUGUAACAUAGUUUCUAUUAAUAAAUGUAUGUAAAGGACAGACACCUAAAUACCCCCACCCCCCCACAACCACCCUGUCUGCACACUACUGAACCUGCUGAUUGGUUGAGGGGAGAGGAAGUGGAUUGAGAUGAUGUGCAAAGUAGUAUUUAUGUCUGCAAACUUUGAUUCCUGUCAUUUCUGAAUGGAGUGGAGAAUGGGGCACUUUCAUGUUUAUAUUCUGUUUUCUUUUUCCACCCCAUUAUAGCCCCUCCACAUGGGAGGGGCCUGCAUCGCCGUCUUAACUUUUGGGGAGUGGGGAUUGGUUUGUUGUCGUGGGAAGUUGGUGGGCUGGGUCUUCCUUUUUCCUGUGUCCCACCUCUUUGCAGUCUGAGUGACCACUUCCUGCUUUUGUCUGUCCACAAGUACAAAAAAAAAGUACAUAUGUAUAAAUUUUUAAGGAGCUGUGCUAACAUUUAAAUGCGUUCUUGCGUGUAUAUGAUUUUAAAAUGUUGACAUUUUGAUUUUAAUGACAAAAUACUCUAGACAGAAAAAAUAAAUUAUACAUAACCUGUU